AUGCGCAGAGACGUCGGCGCGGUGGGCGUGGCUCUCUCUGACCCUCCCUCAGCGAGUCCUACUCUCUCCGCGCACCGCUCCCUCCGCCCCUUCUCCGCAUGCGCCACCGAGCUCCUGGGGCGGUGCUGCUCAAUCCGGGUAUCCGGCGGCCUGUGGCAGUUUUGUUUUCUUGGCUGGAACUGGGAAAGUGAGGCGGCCCGGCGCGGCGCGACACCGGGCUCUGGACCGACUGCACGCGCGGGGCUGGACUUUUUUACAGGCUGGUGGAUUAUCAUAGAUGCAGCUGUCAUUUAUCCCAGUAUGGACGAGUUCAACCACUCCUACCAUGCCUGUGGUGUUAUAGCAACCAUAGCCUUCCUAAUGAUUAAUGCAGUAUCGAAUGGACAAGUGCGAGGUGAUAGUUACAGUGAAGGUUGCCUGGGUCAAACAGGUGCUCGCAUUUGGCUGUUCAUUGGUUUCAUGUUGGCCUUUGGCUCUCUGAUCGCAUCUAUGUGGAUUCUUUUUGGAGGGUAUGUUGCUAAAGAAAAAGCCAUAGUAUACCCUGGAAUUGCUGUAUUUUUCCAAAAUGCCUUCAUCUUUUUUGGAGGACUCAUUUUUAAGUUUGGCCGCACUGAAGACUUGUGGCAGUGAAAACAUCUGAUUUAUUACUGCAGAGAAGUCCUGCAUGGGUUUGGUUUUUAUUUUCACUGCUCACUCCCAGUCUUUUGUAAUGCCAUUUUCUAAACUUCUUUCUGAGUGUAGUCUCAACUUAAAUUUGUAUAAUACUAAAAUCAUGAGAACUCCCUAUUUAAACAACAGCAGCAAAAUCUAUUGUGGUAUGCAUUUGAUUAACUUGUAAAAUGUUAAAAAUAUUUCAUAUGAGAAAUUUUUAUUAUGUUUUAUCAUGGUAUAAUUUGUAAAAAUAAAAAUAAAUCACAAAAGAAAUUAUGGAAGCAUCUUAUAUGAGUAUUUGUCAUAUCCAAGGUGCAAAACUGCAGUUAAAGUUCUCUGAAGAUUUAAUGUGUUUAUUUAAAUGUGGCCUCUUCUGUGUCAAAUGUUAAAUGAAAUAUAAACAUAUUGUUGUUUUUAAAAAACUAUUCAGCGGUCAGAAUUAUUUCUCAGUAUACUUUGCGUUUGGUUUAUAUGGUUUUGGCAAAAAUUCUGUAAAUAUUUCAGUGUAAGUAACCAUUGAGCAUCUCCCAAGGGAUGAGUGAACAUGUUGAAAGAGAGUAGCCCCACAAUCCUGCCUCCAGUCUCCUCAAAAGUGUCCCUUCAGUGGUAGUGAUUGGGGGGGGGAAGGGGGUGAGUAAUAACUCAGCUGUGGUACCUGGUCCUGGUGGGACGCUGACAAUCACUCCACAGCCACCAUGGAAGGAAAGAGGAAGAGGAUAGGGACUUGACACUGGUCUUUACUCACAUGACUAAUUCUGUUGUUGGUUUGAUAAUAAAUUGGAUUCCGUUUCAUUGUAUCUCUGUACUGGACCACUAAGCUCAAGAUAGACCAGCAGGGUCAAUUAUAAUGACAAAUGUUAACUACUGGGAAUUCUUAGUCUGUUCCUCUUUGGAAUUCUGUUAUCCCCCAGGCUCCCCACUUUGGCAAAAUGGGAAUUUUUUUUUUUCUUUAAUAAACUAGCUAACUGUGGGAUACAUA